CGAGUUCAUCCACUGUCAGGAAAAGGCACAUGGCAUGCAACCGCAGGACCGAUGACUAGAUGUCAGAGCUGGCUCCCGGUUGGGAUAUGAGUGACUUUGUGGAGGAUGGCGCCUAAAUGAGGCAUGCCAAUUUCCGCACCCGGGUGACGAAUAUAGGGGCUCCUAAAAGGCUAGCCCAAUGUAUCUGUAUUUCCUUGGGGAUUAAACCCCAUGAUCUUCAGUUCCUCAGAGAACUGAAAGUUGCAACGAGAAAUCCAGUAAUUCCUGUUAUCUGCAGGCUUUAUAAGUCAGUGGAGCCUGCGGAGGUGGCCAGAAUCCGGCACUGCAAGCGCUGCUGUCUUCUCACGGAGUCUUGAAGCCAGAGCAGCGCCAGGAUGUCACAGGAGCUGGCCCCACUGCUGCUUCUACUCCUCUCCAUCCACAGUGCCCUGGCCCUGAGGAUCUGCUCCUUCAACGUCAGGUCCUUUGGGGAAAGCAAGCAGGAAGACCAGAAUGCAAUGGAUGUCAUUGUGAAGGUCAUCAAACGCGUCAUUAUGCUCCUGAUGGAAAUCAAGGAUAGCAACAACAGGAUCUGCCCCAGCACUGAUGGAGAAGCUGAACGGGAAAAGCUGGUAUCUGUGAAGAGCUAUCACUACCAUGACUAUCAGAUAGACGAUGUGCUUUCCUCCAGGGAGCCCUUUGUGGUCUGGGUUCCAGCCGCCCACACUGCUAUCAAAGACUUCGUGAUUAUCCCCCUGCACACCACCCCAGAGACAUCCGUUAAAGAGAUUGACGAGUUGGUUGACGUCUACAUGGACGUGAAACACCGCUGGAAGGCAGAGAAUUUCAUUUUCAUGGGUGACUUCAAUGCCGGCUGCAGCUACAUCCCCAAGAAGGCCUGGAAGAAUAUUCGCUUGAGGACCGACCCCAGGUUCGUUUGGCUGAUCGGGGACCAAGAGGAUACCACGGUGAAGAGGAGCACCAAGUGUGCAUAUGACAGGAUUGUGCUUAGAGGACAAGAAAUCAUCAGUUCUGUUGUUCCCAAGUCAAACAGUGUUUUUGACUUCCAGAAAGCUUACAAGCUGACUGAAGAGGAGGCCCUGGAUGUCAGCGACCACUUUCCAGUUGAAUUUAAACUACAGUCUUCAAGGGCCUUCACCAACAGCAAAAAAUCUGUCACUCUAAGGAAGAAAACAAAGAGCAAACGCUCCUAGAUCCAAGGGUGUCAUCUUAUUAACCAUUUCUUGCCUCUAAAUAAAAUGUCUUUAACAGAUAUAUGAACUGCUCCCUGCACUUGGAAAACAAGACUGAUCCAACUGCUUUCA